AUGUCAUCGGAGGACUUUGACCACUUAAUCCCACAGAUCCCAUCUUGCGCUCUGAACUGCUUGACAACGCUUAUCCACAACACAUCAUGUACUUUUGGCGAUCUGCCAUGCAUGUGUGGCGAUGAAGAGUAUUUUGACGCCGGGACAAUAUGCGUCAGGGCGCAUUGCAUGAUGUCGGAAGCCUUGAAGACAAUGAAUCUCACGCAAACAGCCUGUGGCCGGCCUUAUAGAGAUGAAUCGGGACAGUACACUUCAAUGAAUAUCGCCUCUGGUGUUGUCACCAUUCUUCUCGUUAUUGUGCGCUUAUUAUUCAAACGGUAUCUUAGCGACAAUGGACAGAUCGGACCAGAUGAUUGGGUCAUCUUUGCCGCCAUCGUCAUUUCCGUCCCUGCAAUCAUUAUUAACCAGGUCGGUCUCGUCGGCCAUGGCAUAGGAAAAGACAUUUGGACUUUACCAGCGCCCGAGCUUCCCCUCUUUGCAAAGUUCUUUUUCAUCGGGGAGGUCUUCUAUCUCGUUCAAAUGUCCUUGGUCAAGCUCAGCCUAUCGCUCUUCUACCUCUACGUCUUCCCAGGGCCAAACAUUCGGCGUCUGUUAAUCGGAACGGCCAUUUUCAAUAUCGUGUUUGGAGUUGUUUUUGUCAUUACCGCCAUGACUCAAUGCGUACCGCUCGAUUAUUAUUGGGCACAAUACUACGAUCACCCUCCCAAGGGAAGAUGUUUCGACUUGAACGCAUUCGCUUGGGCAAAUGCAGGGUUAGGUUUGGCGGUAGACGUGUGGAUGAUCAUACUGCCCUUGAUACAGAUCAAAAGGCUGAAUCUCCACUGGAAGAAGAAGAUUGGAGUCGUUGUCAUGUUCAUUCUAGGAACUUUUGUGAGCAUUAUAUCGCUUCUCCGCCUUAAAUCGGUCAUAUUCUUCGCUGAACUCAUCAAUCCAACCUGGGAUCAAUGGAAUGUCGCUUGGUGGUCGACAAUGGAGGUCAACAUUGGGAUCAUCUGCACUUGCUUACCGACCGUUCGCCUGAUUCUCCAGCGCAUGUUCCCCAAGAUACUAUCAUCUGGUGAUGAGCAGAGUAACGAUGCCAGAUUAUCCAGGACUGGAGGCACUGCUUCCCGAGGAGAAACACAACGACCGACUUUUCUCGUAGAGUUAUCAACGACCACGCUUGCGACGGAUGCGCGAUCCAGUUACAAGCAUUUUGAUAACUAA